UAAAAGAGGAAGCCCUUGCAUCGAGCCGUGGCACAUCGCCACUCUCCCCCACGCCCACCACACCGUUCACCACCGCCGCUGCGGCUUACGGCUACGCAGCGCACGCCCCCCUCGCCGCUCUCUAGGGUUCGCUCCGCCAACUCCGUUUAAGGUUCUGCCUGCCGGUCCGCACGAUCGCCGCCUCGUCCUCUCCCGAGGGUUUCUCCGCCGCGAUGUCCGGCCGGAGCUCGCCGCCGUUCGACGGCCUCGCGCCGGGACCCAACUCCGAAUGGGAUGUUGUCGUCAAGGUCAAAUAUGGUGACACACUCAAGAGGUUCAACGGCUAUGUCAAUGGAACACAUUUCACUCUGAAUUUAUCUGCUCUUCGGUCCAAAAUUGCAAGUGCUUUUAAGUUCGCCCUGGAUGCUGACUUCAUUCUGACUUACACUGAUGAGGACGGGGAUGUUGUCAUGCUGGAUGAUGACGAAGACUUGCAUGAUGCAGCUAUCAAGCAGGAGCUGAAUCCUCUGAGGAUUAAUGUUCAGUUAAAGAACAGCCAUGCUGGUGCAUCUCAGGUCAUCCAGCAGGAAUCAAGUCCUACGCCGCUUAGGGCCAUCGUUCAGGAAGAUCCAUUUGCUCAGAUAAAAUCAGUUAUUGAUGAAGCUUUAAAACCCACACCAAACCCUUUGAGACCCAGUACAAUUGAAAAAGAUCCACUGGCUCAUUUGAAAUCAGCUAUUGAUGAAGCUAUGAAGUCUAUCCAUGAGCCUGAUUCCCUUGCAAAGCUAUCUCGUGAAAUACUUGAUGCAGCACCACCACAAUUAACUGGACUGAUAACACCUUUUGUGAACUUGAUCACAUCAACCAACAAUAGCCUGUCUAAUGGGCAUGUGGAUAGUUCAUCUGGCUCUUCAACUGGUGUACCACAAGCACAGGUGGAUCCCAAAGCUAAUGAUGAGCCCAAAGUUGAGGCAAAGGGGAGUUCGCGACCCUUGAAUGCACAGAACUCCGAGUCAUCUGAGAAAGGAGGUCCUAAGAGUGUAGUAGUAGAGACCCCUGUUGCACAUGUUACGGAAGCUUCUCAAGGCCAACAACCUUCAUUAUAUCCUUCUGUUGAGGAGUUGCUGUUCGCCACUAAUUCAGGUGGUAACAGCUCUUCCUGGAAGGGGAAAUCUGUCAUGCCAUCUGCUGCACCAGUCGCCAUUCCUCCCGUUCCUGAUUUUCGUCCGAGUCCCCCAACUGUACUUGGAAAUGAGUGGUUUCAGCCACGAAGAUGGGCAGAUGGAUGGUCCCAGCCAAGGUCCAUUUGGCAAACUGAAACUAAUGCAAAACCAGAUAGCGAUUCCAAAUGGCGCAUUCCAAUGUAUAAAGCGCCCCACCCGUUCCCGCCAGUGCCCCCUGCACCUCAGGGCUAUGGACAUGUCCCACGAUUUCCUUACCCCGGUCGCCUUUUAUCUCCUGGACGUCUAUAUGGUAGUCCUGGUAACAACGGUGAGAACUCACUGCGAACUUCUCAUAGAUGGAUUCAGUGCGAUGGUUGUGGAGUGCAACCAAUUGUUGGACCACGCUACAACUCUAAUGUGAAAGAAGAUUAUGAUCUGUGUGAUGUCUGCUUUAAUCGCAUGGGCAAUGAGGUUGAAUACACCAGAAUAGACAAGCCAAUCUUACCUCACAAAUUAUCUCGGGACCCUAAUUUGUGCCGGAAGAUCCAUUCACGUGCUGCGAUGAAGUCGAAGAGGGAGAAACUUGAAAGCCGCUUCAUUUUGGAUGUUACUGUACUGGAUGGGACACUUAUGUCACCAUCAACCUCAUUUACUAAGAUUUGGCGCAUGCACAACAAUGGGUCUAUCAUGUGGCCUUUGGGCACACAGCUUAUUUGGGUUGGUGGAGAUCAGUUUGCACUGCAGACCUCUGUCCCAUUAGAGAUUCCAGUGAAUGGAUUCCCAGUGGAUCAGGAGAUGGAUGUUGCUGUUGAUUUUGUGGCACCUGAGAGGCCUGGGAGGUAUAUAUCUUACUGGAGACUGGCAUCACCUUCUGGUCAAAAAUUUGGUCAGCGAGUUUGGGUUCAUAUCCAGGUGGAAGAUCCAUCUUUUGUUAGUGAUAGCAGGACUGCUGCUAUGAACUUGAAUCUCCCCAUGGAAAGCAAUAGCACGAACACAAGUAAUUUGAUUGAUGUCAAUAUCGAACCUGUCGAUCAAGUCCUCGGUGAACAUGUCAAAAGCACUAAAGUGGAACUCCUUCAGCCUUUAAUACACCACGAAGCCUCUGAGCCCAAGAAAUCUCCCUCUGCAUCUGUAUCUGCUCCUUCACCCAUUGUUGAUGUUCCCUCGUCUAGUACAAAUGCUGCUUUUGUGCCAAGUAUGUAUGUGCUUGCGCCUGAACCCAUCACAAGCCCUGUGAUUACACCUGCCAAUGUACCCACGAGUCUGCUUCCAAGUGCUCCUGUGAGCGUGCCUGUGCCUUCAGCGACACCUGUGGUUGAGGCGGCAUCUGAGCCUCUUGACAUUGAUAGUCUUACUGAGGAGAAACUGCUACAGGAGCUGGAGGAAAUGGGCUUUAAGCAGGUUGAUCUGAACAAGGAGAUCCUCAGGCAGAAUAAGUACAACCUGGAGCAGUCUGUGGAUGAUCUGUGUGGCGUCAAUGAAUGGGACCCUCUGCUCGCGGAAUUGCAUGAAAUGGGUUUUUAUGACACGGAGACAAACAAGGAGGCGCUUGCCAAGAAUGGAGGAAGCAUCAAGCGCGCUGUGAUGGACCUCAUCGCCAGGGAGAAGAAGGACAAGUGAAGAUCGUGUGCUCUUGAGCGGAGCACGUAGUUAUGGAUAUCUAAUUAUACGUGUGUAAAUAAUGCUGCUACAGUUGUCUUGUAGCUUUGCUUAUGAAGUGUGGUGAACUCUGUUGUUGAUGCGACUGUGUCGCUUGUUAAGAACUCUUGUGUUAUGUGCGCGGGCUCGUAUCUGGAGAGCAGUAGCCUUGGCAAGGUGAACUACAUGUAAUGGGCUUUAUGGCCCCCUUAAUGAAAGCAUGGUCGUAUGUAAUUCGUACUUGGGUAGUUCUGCUGGUGCUGCAGAGGCUGCUUGUUAAGGUAUUCUUAUCAGUAUUCU